AUGAACUUCUCGGGGUGCUUCACCCUGCUCGUCCUUGUUCUCUCAGUCGGGCUCCAGCAGACACCUACGAUGGCUCAAUAUACAGGACCAACGUUGGCUUGCGGUGGGACAUCGCUGGUGAAGUCAACCAACCUGGUCGCCCCACAGAACGUGGCGGCGAACGGCAUCAACUGCGUCUACACUAUUCGCGCGCUCAACCUACGCAUCUGCCAGCUACGACUGGACUUCAACUCGUUCAGCCUUGCCCAGCCGACGCUCGACCCGUACCCGAGAUGCAUCAACGAUGUCCUGUCGAUCGAGAACCUGGAUUUCGAUUUAUGCGGCGAAAACACCAACCAGCACGUGUAUGUACCGUUCAAUCCUACCACCGCCGAUCGCACCCUAUCGAUCACGUUCCGCAUCGCAAGCCGCAACCAAAUCCCAACUCUGAGCAAUCCGCACUGGAGCGUCCGUGUGCAGCAGCUCGAAUGUCCGAACGGCAUGGCCCCAGCUUCUGGAGCUUCGCUACGGAACGCCGCGCCCGAAUUGGCACCGUUACCCGUGGCCCGUACCCUUCAUGACGUUGGGCUUCUCGCCCCGACUGGCUGCCUGCAGUACCACACCGAGUCGAGCGGGACGAUCGAGUCGUUCAAUUUCGGCACCGGAACUGGUCCUUACCUGGGAGGCCUCAGCUACGCCAUCUGCUUCCAGCGCAAGAACAACCCAUUGCGGCUGCAGGCGACCCAGUUCGAGAUGGCAGCCAGUGCCGAUCCGACCGUCGGGAAUCCGGGCUUCGACGAGCUGUGCUACUCCAGUGUCCAAGUGGCGGCUCGGUCCGAGGACCAUCUGCACAUCCCGAACGCGGUCGUGCAGCGCCCGGGAGCUCCGACAAUGCGCGCCAGUCGUUUCUGCCAUCACAGUUUAGCGGACGGCAGUGUCGAAGUUUCCUUUCCGGGGCCCUUCAUGCUGUUCUUCAACAGUGACCGGCUGUACGAUCCUUACCGGCGGGAGCUGGGCUUCCGGAUGACCUACCAGCUCUAA